UGAUCGACUAGGCUGGUCAUACUGUUUUGUUUCCGCUAUUUAUGUAAAUGUUUAGCAAAAUUGCGAAAAAAGUGCAUAAAUGUGCGCUUUCCCAGUGAAAAAGUAGUUGCGUUGCAUCCAGCGGAAAGCCUAGUGUCGUCGGCAAUCGACCGAUCGAAUUGGCGGACCAAACGCAGCCACAGGCAACGUGUUGUAUUCGGGGCGCGGCGCCUGCUGAAAACUGCGGACGGACACGGAACAGACAUCCUUUGGACGAGAACACAUCCACACACAGCUACAGCGACAUCGAUACUUUCUGGCAGUGACCCCGCACCCCACACAAUGGCCGAGCGACCGAAAAAUUUGUUCGCAACCGGACCCAGUCGCUCUCGCGAUCCCCCGGAUCAGCUUAGCCUGAACAACCUCAGCAUCCGCCAUCCGCCUUCGUCCACCUCGUCGACCUCGUCGGGCUCCACAUCCUCGGGCUCAAGUUCCUCAUCGCAGCACAACAAUAUGUCCCGCUGCUUUGGCGCCCAGCAACCGCUGCAGCCGCCGCCGCCGGUGACUGCAGCUCCACUGGCUUCGAGCAGCAACAGCAAUAACAGCUCGGCGGCUGAUCGUCAUCGCGAGCGGAUACGCCAGCAAGCCUGCGGUAAGCUACAGUUCGGCGAGGGCCCGGUCAACACGCAUCAUUUCACUUCGGAUGAUCUCGACGACGAGGGCGAAAUCGGUCGCGGGGCCUUCGGGGCUGUCAACAAAAUGAUAUUUAAGAAACUUGACAAGGUGAUGGCGGUCAAGCGCAUUCGCUCCACCGUAGACGAAAAGGAGCAGAAGCAGCUGCUCAUGGAUCUCGAAGUGGUCAUGAAGUCCAAUGAGUGCAUCUAUAUAGUUCAGUUCUAUGGGGCGCUCUUUAAGGAGGGCGAUUGCUGGAUCUGCAUGGAGCUCAUGGACACAUCGCUGGACAAGUUCUACAAGUACAUAUACGAGAAGCAGCAGCGCCACAUACCCGAGUCCAUUCUGGCCAAAAUCACGGUGGCAACAGUGAAUGCCCUCAACUAUCUGAAAGAGGAGCUGAAGAUCAUUCAUCGGGAUGUAAAGCCAAGCAACAUCUUGCUACACCGUCGGGGAGACAUUAAGCUAUGUGAUUUCGGUAUUUCGGGUCAACUGGUUGAUUCGAUCGCCAAAACUAAGGACGCGGGAUGCAGGCCCUACAUGGCGCCGGAACGCAUCGAUCCAGAGCGGGCCAAGGGCUAUGAUGUGCGCAGCGAUGUUUGGUCCUUGGGCAUCACUUUGAUGGAGGUCGCGACAGGCACAUUCCCGUAUCGUAAAUGGGACUCUGUAUUCGAGCAGUUGUGCCAGGUUGUUCAAGGCGAACCUCCGCGACUAUUGACCUCUUACAAUGGCAUGGAGUUCUCCAAAGAGUUUGUCGACUUUGUAAACACUUGCCUGAUUAAAAAGGAGAGCGAUCGACCGAAAUACAGCCGGCUGCUUGAGAUGCCCUUCAUCCGGCGCGGUGAGACAAGUCAUACCGACGUGGCCGUGUAUGUGGCCGAUAUACUAGAGUCCAUGGAAAAAGACGGGAUCACACAGUUCACUGCAAACCAACAGGCGGAGAGUUAAUCACCUUACGAUACAAGGAAGCAAGUCAUAUUUUAACUAUGAAUCAGUAAAAAGCGAACUAAGUCGAAGCAAAGGGAGGAGAAAAUUAAAAUUGUUGUAUAAUUUGUAGCAUUUUGUAGAAAACAUAGCGCGUAUUUUGUUAAACAGAAAUACAAAACUAAGCGAAAAGUAUGUAUGAUGAUAGAAGGCAAAAUGUGUGUAAAGUUAAAAUACCCACAAAUGUCCUUUGUAAUUGAAUUCUUUUUGUAUGUGCGGCUUUGUGCGCAUAGUUUGUGUUAUGAAUAAAUUUCCAUUUGUA